AUGGGCCGCGGCUCCGACGCGCCCCUGGCGUCGGCGCCGGCGGCGGCGCUGGGCCGCCCCGCGUCGCCGACCAUCGCGUCGGACACGCCCAAGCCCCGGGGCCUCGGCGCCUUCGGCGAGCGGGACGACGGCCGGAGGGACCCGCGCUGCGCCCUCGUCACGACGACCUGCGUCGCGCCCGGCCUCGACGUCCUCGUGUGGUACCACCUCUGCGUCGGCAUCGACAGCAUCUACCUCUACGUGCACGACACGAAGUCCGUCGCGGCCGCCGGCGAGGCCCAGGGCAGGACAAGAGAGCGAAAUUCCCAACUUCAAAGGCUCCUCUCUCAGCCGUUUUCUACUCGCGAGGCAGCGUCGCUCCUCGACGCGGUGCAGCGCGCGCUCGCGGCCCACGGCCUCGACCGCGCCGUGCUCGCCAUCCCCGCGCUCGUCGGCAAGGCCUCGGGCGCGUCCUUCGUCGACGUCGCGCUGCAGGAGCGGAACGCGACGGACGCGAUCCGCCGCGCGCGGGCCCAGGGCAUGGACUGGAUCUUCCACUUCGACGACGACGAGCUGCUCUACCUGACGACGCCGCGCGCGCGGGGGGCCCGCGCGCUCGGCGACGUCGUCGCGGCCGCGCGGCCGGGCAGCUUCAACCUCCGCCUCGACAACCUCGAGGUCCAGCGCUUCAAGGACGACGCCGUCGACUCGGACUACAACUUCUUCGCCGAGGAGACGCGGUUCAAGCUCCGCGUGGGCCUCCACGCGGACGGCUCCGCGGUGCCGCGGCACCACGACCCGCGGUUCUACGUGCACGGCGGCAACCCCGCGUCGGGCGCGGACGGCCUCACGGCGCCCUACCUGUCCUACUGGAACGGCAAGUCCGCGGGGCGCCUCGCCGAGCCGGGCCUGCGGCCCUGCGGCGUCCACUUCUUCGCGGCGGCCCGCGGCGACGCGGCGAAGAACGACGCGCGGGACCGGGCAGGAACCAAACAUAUUCCACACGACUUCAAUAUGCACGCGCAGGACCGCGGCGCGGGCAUCGUGCUCCUCCACUUCCCCUUUUGCCACUUCCGCACCUGGCGCCACAAGUUCAACGUCCUCGACGCCACGCAGCGGUCCGACUGGGGCCACUACCGCGACGCGCGUUUAGCCAUCGUCGACGCGUGCGCGCCGGGCGGCGGCGGCGAGGCGGAGAUCGAGCGGUUCUAUCGAAAAGCCAUCAUGCUCCGGAGCGACGGCGACGCGCCGCCGCCGGAGGACGACGGCGACCGCGUCGCGCUCUACCUGCCGCCCGUCGCCGCGCCCCAGCACUGGCGGUCCGGCGUCUACGAGCGCGUCGAGCGAGGCGCCGCGGCGUGCUACCGGCGGAGCGACGCCGAGCCCGCGACGAGCCCGCGCGGCGCCGCGGACCCGCCGCCGGCGAGCUUCCUCUACCGCGUGCCCGAGAAGAAGAUGUGGCUCGUCGGGUCGACGCCCGGCGCGACGACGGGCGCCGCCGUCGUCUACGACGGCGCGGAGCGGCCCGAGGACAUCGCGGCCGGCUGGUGCGUCUUCGACGGCGCGUCCUGGGUCAAGGCGCCGACGGUCGGCGUCGCGCGCGUCGCCUACGACGGCCGGGGGCGGCGCUUCGGCGUCGUCGAGCCGGCCAAGGUGCUCGCGCGGGGCCUCGCCGCGGGCGCGCUGGCGCCGCCGACGGGCGCGCUCGCGGCGCCGCGGCCCGCGCAGGCGCCGCCCGCGCCGCCGGGCGGCGAGGCCGGUGCCGCCGCGGCGCGGCCGCGCGCGGGGCCGGACCACGCCAUGCUCGCGUCCAUCGUCCUCCAGGCCCUGGACGCCCACGAGCCCUACCGCCGCGUCUUCUGGGCCGCCGUCGCGGCCGCGGCCGCGCGCGAGCCGCCGCGCGACGUCGGCGACGGCUCCGCGAGCCGCGCGCUCGCGGCGGGAGCGCGCGCCGUGGGCACGACGACCGUCGCCGCGUCCCUCGUCGCCGAGCGCAUGGUCGGCACGCCGGCGCACCUCGCGACCGCGCGCGACGUCGUCGCGCGGGCCCGCGCGGAGAGCGCGGCGCAGCUCGACGCGCACGGCAAGGACGCGGUCAUCCUCAGCAUCCCCGGCGCCGAGGGCGUCCAGUCCUGGCGCGCGGGGCUCUACGCCAAGGUCGACGCGCCGCCCGCGGGGCACCCGCCCCUGCUCUACAAGCGCGUCCGCGACCGGCCCGGCGAGCAGGACUCGUUCCUCUACACGCUCCCGGACCGCGGCAUGUGGCUCGUGGGCUCGACGCCGGGCUCCACGACGGGCGGCCUCGUCGCCUACGACAAGGCGCGCGCGCUCCGGGACCUCCGCGCGCCCUGGCACGUCUUCGACGGCAAGAGCUGGGCCCAGGCGCCGGGCGUCGCGCUGUCCCUCGUCGGCGACGUCGCCAAGCGCUGAGGGUGUCGCGCCGUGUGCCCCCCCCGUCUCUCUUUUUAAAACUUAGUCAACU